AUGAUAUCUUCCACCGAUAAAGAAUGGCUGGAGAAAUGCCAACCCGAAGCUCUGCCUGUCCCACCGUUUGAUCGAUAUGUCUAUAUGCUUGAAGGUUAUGUCGUGAAGAAAAGUCUCAAGCCUGGUGAGCUUGGCUUUCAUGGUUACCAGCCUGACACCUCUACAAUCUCACAGCGUGAUGAAAAUGAAUUACGAACCCUGGAAGUUGUUCGUCAGUCACGAAUAUUCCAGUACCAAAUCUCGUAUACCAAGGGAACGGGUUCAAUGUGUUUGAGCGAAUCCCAGGUAUAA